GCGGCCGCUGGCCGCUAGCGAGGUGCCAGCUGCCGAGGCUCCAUCUGGAAGAACCGCGGCUGCCGGGGAGGAGGAGAACGCGGAGCUGCGGGGACCCACGGACGCGCUCACCAUCUCCCAGCCCCCGCUGCCUCCUAGAAGCCCGCUGCGCGGCUCAGGUCCCUCCCGCUCCCGAGAGCCCAGAUCCUUGAUGGAAACGGUGCAGGAGCUGAUUCUUCUGGCCAAGGAGAUGAUGGCCCAGACGUCCAAACGGAAACUGGUGAAGCUGUACGUGCUGGGGAGCGUGCUGGCCCUAUUCGGCGUGGUGCUCGGCCUGGUGGAGACCGUGUGCAGCCCUUUCACGGCCGCCAGCCGCCUGCGGGAAGAGGAGGCAGCGGUGGCCGCGCUGCGGGCCUCGCGGGAGCGCCAGACCCUCCGGACACAGGCCCUGCUAGAGAAAGGCAAGCAGCAGGAGGCCAUAGUCUGCAGCAGGGCCCUCUCCAAACGGCUGCAUGCCUCCUAAGAACUGCGGGAGGCCAGCAGAGGGAGGGAGAGAGACAGAGACGAGAAAGAGAGGGAGGGAAAUAGAGAAAAAAGAGAGAGAGUCAGAGACUGACCCAGUUGGGGAGAGCAGGACUCCUGUGCUGUUUGGACUUAACUUCGGAGACUUCUAGAACUGAACGCACACAGAUCCACCAACAGGAGUUUGGGAUUGAGUUUUGCUGCUGUGCAGCACUGCAGGAGAAAGACA